CCAGCGUUUUGGUCCCGACCUCAGUCCGAUUGAGUCGCAGCAGUCGGAGGAGGGAUCAUCUUGCUUUUGCAAACUUCAGAAAAACAUUAGCCACCGACAUCGCGCUCUGUCACGUUUCAGUUUACAUCAAGCCGCAAAAAACCAGAUUGGAUUCCCAGCAGACCUUCAUCCCGCUCCUGUAGGUGUCUAGACGGAAGGCCGCUUUAUUAGAAUGUUGGUGGUGCUAGCGUUCAUCCUCCUUUUCCAUAUAGCCUCGGCUAUCCUGCUCUUCAUCUCCACAAUUAAUAGUGCCUGGUGGGUAACUGGAGAUGUCUACACUGAUAUCUGGCAAUUUUGUAAUAGCACAAAUUAUUGUAUUUCAUACAGAGACUCAUAUGGGGGUUAUAUUGAAGCAAUCCAAGCAACGAUGAUCCUCGCCACCAUCCUUUGCUGUGUUGCUUUCUUUGUCUUCAUUCUUCACCUUUUCCGAUUGAAGCAAGGUGAACGAUUUGUGUUCAGCGCCAUUAUUCAGCUCUUGUCGUCUCUCUGUGUGAUGAUUGCAGCCUCCAUUUAUACCGACCAGUACACCACAUUCCACAGCGGCUUCAACGAACAAGGAACCUUUGGCUAUUCCUUCAUUUUAGCUUGGAUCGCAUUCCCUUUCACCCUGAUCAGUGGGAUUAUGUAUCUAGUGUUGAGAAAACGCAAAUAAGAAAGGAGAUAAGAAUACGAUGCAAAUAAGAAUACAACUGGAGACCAAAGUGAAAUAUAUAUAUAUAUUGUAUAUAUUUUUCAGCACUCUGAAACUACAUUGACCAAUACUAUUAAGAAAGUAUGUUAAUAAUUGCAUACUGAAAAAAGUAAAUAUGGUAUAUAUUUAACUCUUUUUUUUUUUUUAACUAAUACAUAUAAUGUAAUCCAUUUUAUUGGAGAAAAAAAAGACACACCUGAUAAAAUAAAUGAAAUUGUUAGCAUUGUAAAAGUGAGUAAAUGGGUUUAAUAAAAACUAUUAAUAUUAUAGAAUGGGAAAUAACAGUACAUUCUCCAUUUGGCUUUAGACACUAAAAACAAAUAGAUCCCAAAAUGACUCAAUUGGCUCACCCUUCUACAGUGUCUUCAGAAAUUUUCAGACCCCUUGGCUUUGUACACAUUUCCGUAUAUUGCUGCCUUGUGCUAAAAUCAUUUAAAUUCAUGUUUUCCCUCAUCAAACAAAACUCAAUACCCCAGGUUGACAACACAAAAACAGGAUCUUACAUAUUAUUAUAAAAUUUCUAUAAAAUAAAAAACAAAUAUCCCAUUGACACAAGUGUUCAGACCCUUUACUCAGCAUUAGUUGAAUCCCCUUUGGCAGCGAUUCCAGUCCUGUGUCUUCUUCUUAGGAUACGACAAGCUUCUGACAUCUGGAUUUGGGAAUUUUCUGCCAUUCCUAUCUGUCUUAUCCUGUCUAUCCUAGCAGGGUGGAAUGGUGGCUCUGAAGCUAAGGAUCUGCGCCGGUAAUCAGAAGGUUGCCGGUUUGAAUCUUGAAAACGCCAGAAGAGACUCUGAGCAAGGCCCUUAACCUGCAAUUGCUUCAUGCUGGUGUUAAUCUGCAUCUAGCCCUACAAGCAGGUCCUCCAACUUACAUGGAAAACUUGGGGGUUGCUGGCAGGAUUGGCACUCCAGCCACUGUAAAAACCUCACACUGUUGUAGUGUGGUGCUGAGGUGUCACCCGCUGCACCCGGGUCCCAAUCCAGGUGGUUUGGUGUGUGGUAGGUGUGGAAUUGCGCUAUCAGCACAUGCUCCCAACCUCAAUCUCUAUCUGCAGGUCCUCGCAAGCUGUGUCAGGUUGGAUGGAGAUCAUCAGUGGACAGCUAUCGUCAGGUCUCUCCAGAGAUGUUUGAUUGGAUUGGGCCACUCAAGGACUUUCCUAAAGUUCACCCUAAGCCUUUCCUGUAUUGUCUUCCUUGUGUGUUUAGGGUCAUUGUCCUAUUGGAAGGUGAACCUAUCGUCCCAAUGAUGAGCAGUCUGGGGCAGGUUUUCAUUAAGCAUAUCUCUAUGCUUUGCUUCUUUCAGCUUUACCUCAACUCUGACUAGUCCCCUACUCCCUGAUGCUGCCUUCACCAGGCUUCACCAUUGCAACAGUGUUGUGCAGGUGAUAAGUGGUGUCUGUUUGACACUUAGAGUAAAGUUCAAUCUUGGUUUCAUCAGACCAGAGAAUCUUGUUUCUUAUAGUCUGAGAGUCCAUUAGGUGCCUUUUUGCAAACUCCAAGCGUGCUUUCAUGUUUCAUCUAGCCACUCCGCCAUAAAGGCCAAAGCGUGUUGCAGUGGUGGUUGUCCUUCUGGAAGUUUUUUUUUUCUACCGUCUUAAUACAGGUUGUCUGGAGUUUGACUAGAAUGAUCAUCGGGGUUUGGGUCACCUCUUUUAUCAGCACUUCUCUCAAGAUUUCUCAGUUUGGUUUGGGAGCCACCUCUUCUUCCAUUUAUGAAUUAUGGAGGCCUCUGUGGGAACCUUCAGUACUGCAGAUUUUUUUGAACCCUUCCCCAGAUCUGUGCCUCAACACAAAUCAUCCUGUCUCUAAGCUCCGCAUUCAAUUAACUUGGACCUCAUGGCUUGGUUUUUACUCAACUUUGAGACCUUCCUAAUCACAUGCGAUCAAAUGAAUUGACCACAAGUGGACUCCAAACAUGGUGUAGAAACAUCUCAACGGUAAUCAAUAGAAUGGGAUACACCUGAGCCAAAUUUCAACCAUCAUACAAAAGGGUCUGAAUAGUUAGGACAAUGUCAUAUGUCAGUUUUUUUAUUUUUAGUAAAAUCUGCAAAAAUUUCUAACAUUUUUGACUACCACCCUUUCACCCGUGGAGGGAACAUAAUUCAUAUCUUUGCGAAUAGUUCCCAUGUUUGAGGACGACUCUCGGCGUUCCUCCUACACCUUUCUUUGGAAUCGUCAUGUAUGUCAACCUCUCUUUGUAUCACUUGACAUUAGGAGUCCCUAAUUACACUGUACUUACCAUGUAGUUACCUGUAUAAUUACGGAGUAACUAAAUGUUAUUACUUUGUACUUACUGUGUAAUACAUUGCAACGCUAUAGUUAAGUACACAGUUGUAGUUGUUAUUCCACAAUUUCUGUAAGUUUGUAUGUGUAUUAAUUGUGGAAUAACAAUUACAGUGCUCAACCACAGCUGUACAUUGUGUUACACAAUAAAUACAAGGUAAUAACACCUAGUUACUCUGUAAUUAUACAGGUAAUUACAUGGUAUGUACAGCGCAAUUAAGGACAUUUUAGCACAAGGCUACAACAUAAAAUGUGAAAAAACGAAAGGUCUGAAAGUUUUCUGAAGGCGCUGUGAGUUGGUAUGUUGAGCUGGCAACUUACAUGAGUGGAUGAAGGAAUUUCAUUACAAUCACCUUGGGACAUUUCAGGGGUACCAUUAGUGCUAUUUCAGUGAUUUAUUGACUUUGUUAUCUUAAUGCGCCUCAGUGCAGCCUCCUCAGAUUUUUUGUUGUUGCUCAAAACAUUCCAAAGAAAUUGCGUUUUUGAUUUUUCUCCUGUUUUAAAGUUCACUUGUUUUUAUAGUUUAGCUUAUUUCUCUUUAGGUACAUUUAAAAUGGUUCGUUUUACACGCAAAGGCAUGCUAUAAACCAUAGUUAUUUAGUUAGAGAUAGUGUUUUGACAAUUCAAAAAUAUAUUUAAUUUAAAAAGUCGACCAUGUCUGUUUCACCAGACAAUGCCGAAAAAGAAAAAAAAAACUAAUAUUGUUCUUUGCCACUAAAAAUACUAAUUUCACCAAAAAGUAUACAUUAUAAAGCAUGUUUUUGGAUGUUAACAAUAAAAAUUGCUCUUAAAACAAUAUUUCUGGGCUAUGGAUUCUUGAAACAGCAAAAUACAUUUAAUACAUGUGAGAUCCAUAAAAAUUCCACUUUUCUUUCUCCCAAUGUUUCCAUGUACUAUAAAAGUGUCCAUACAAGUCUGAAUGUUUUAUGCAUGGAAAUGUCAGCUGGUGGUUUUGUGCCUGUAAAUAGCCUCUUAUAAAGUGGUGGACGAAGAAACAAAGACACAAAAUGACUUGGUAAAUAAACCAUGUGGAAAUGUAAAUUUAGGUUUGUAUUUAUUGUAGCUUUCUUUUUUUAUACAAAUUGGAAUGAUAAGGAUUUCACAUUUUGUCACUGUUAGAAAAAUAAGCAAUUUUCUUAUAAAAAGCAUUAUUAAAGUUAAAAAAAAAAAACAA